AUGGCCCUCCUGGUGACAAACUACCUCCUCCUCUUCGUGGGCUCCAUCUCCUCCACCUUGCUCUCCCGCUACUACUUCAUCCACAAGGGCCGCAGCCGGUGGGUCUCCACGUGGGUCCAGACCGCCGGCUUCCCUCUCCUCCUCCCGCCCAUCUACCUCCCUUACUACCUCUUCCGCUCCACUCCCCGCCGCCCCUUUUCCCAUUUUACCCUCCCCAUCCUCCUCCUCUCCCUCUUAGUGGGCCUACUGUUGGGCCUCAACAACCUCCUCUUCUCCUGGGGGAACUCCUACCUCCCCGUCUCAACUUCCUCCCUCCUCCUCUCCUCCCAGCUCCUCUUCACCCUCAUCCUCUCCGUCUUAAUCGUCAAACAGAAGGUCACCUUCCAGAAUCUCAACUGCGUCAUCCUCCUCACCCUCAGCUCCAUCCUCCUUGGGCUCGGCUCCUCCGACGACAGGCCCACUGGGCUCACCCGGUCCAACUAUUUUGUCGGCUUCUUUUGCACCAUCGGUGCGGGCCUCCUCUUCGCCCUCUACCUCCCCGUUAUGGAGCGCAUUUACAGGCCAGUCAAUCUCUCAUCGCGGGUGGACAGCUACUUGAUGGUGAUGGAAAUGCAGCUGGUGAUGGAGGCGGUGGCGACGUUGCUGGCGGUGGUGGGGAUGGUGGCUUCCGGCGGCGGGGUGGAGGAGAUGAGGAGGGAGAGCGAGGAGGUGUUCGACAAAGGGGCGAGGGCGUACUGGGGGACGGUGAUCGGGAACGCGGCCACGUGGCAGCUCUGCUUCAUGGGGACGGCGGGGAUGGUGUAUCUGACGUCGUCGCUGACGGGAGGGAUAUGCAUGACGGCGCUGCUGGCGAUGAACGUGGUGGGCGGGGUGGUGGUGUACGGGGAGGAGUUCGGCGGGGUGAAGGCGGUGUCCACGGUGUUGUGCGUUUGGGGUUUUUGUUCCUAUGUGUAUGGGAUGUACGUUAAGAUGAAGAGAGGGAUUAAUAAUGAUAGCGUUACUAGUGGUGGAGAAGAAGAAGAUGGUGGUGAUAAUGGCAACGGCGGUGGUGGUAAAAUUCAGGUGACGGAGAUGGGUCGGGGAGAUGCAGUAGCCAACACUGUCUGA